CAACAUCAACAGCAACAAACUUCGCCAGUUGUGCCUCAGCAACAACAGCAACAACAACAAACACAGCCUCCACACACGCCAGUAGUGAAUGAGCAACAUGGACACCCACAGCAUGGACAACAUCAGCAUACCCAUCAUCAACAGCCAACACAUCAGCAGCAGCAGCAGCAACAUCAACAGCAGCAGCAGCAGCGUAAGCCACCUCAACAGCAAUACAAUAACAGCUCGCAGCAACAAGUGCGUCGCAAAUACUCCUCCGAGUACAACCAUCAACAACAGCAAAAUCAUCACCAUCAUCAGGGAAGCAGCGACACUGCUAUACAAACCACCAAAUCAAUGUCGUGGACAAACUCCGCCCAACACAAGAAGUCAACGCAGUCGGUGGCGGUUACUGCCUCUCCUAAUACUGUAAACAACGGUGCAACUGUUUCUGCAGCUGCGACUGCUGCUACGAGUGCGGCGACUGCACCGCCAAGUGGCGGCGCAGGCUUUAGUAAGCAGCCUAGCACCGCUAGCGGCGGUAUCUUCACUCAUCCCACCAAGACCUACACUAACCAGCAACAUUACCAGCAGCAGCACUAUCAAGCCAACUAUAACAAUGGCAACAAUAACAGCAAUUCUAGCAGCAACAAUCAGCCACAGAUGCGCACAUAUGGUACGAUGAAGGUGCCCUCAUCACCUGUUGCCAACUCUGCGCCACCGUUGGAACGCAAGCUUAGUGGCCAGCAGCAGCAGCAGCAGCAGCAGCAACAACUGAGCAACAGCAAUUCAACAACAACAGCAACUACCUCAACGGCUAGCAUAACUGCAACGCCGCAUCAGUUUCAACAACAGACGUCCACUGAAAGUCAGUCCAAUAGCACAAACAAUGCAACAGUGCUGCCCCAGCAACAGCAACAGCAGCAACAACAACAUGGCCAUAGCCAACAUGCUGCAGGUGCCAAAGCCCAUCUAACCUAUGGAGCCAAAACCAGAAACAGUAGCCAAAACUUGAACCCAGAUGCAUCCUUCAGUGCAGCAGCAGCUCCUGUAGCUGUACAGCCGGCGCUGAAUUUGGCGCCGCCAGCACCGCCUGCCUCUCAGAGCAGCAGCAGCGCAGACAGCGGACAACCGUCUUGGGCUAGUUUGUUUUCAAGCAAAAAGCCUGUGGCCAAAGUGGCUCCCUAUGAUGGCAACAAGUCUCAACAACAGCAGCAGCAACAACACCAGCAACAGCAACAGCAACAACAACAACAGCAGCAGCAGUCGUCGCAGAUACAAUUGGGGCCACCACAGUCACAGCCACAGCAAUUGUCUGCGCAACAAACACAACAGCAAUUGACAUUUACGUCCCCAACACAGAACCUGCCAAACGUUCAUCAUCAGUUACAAUCACCAACGCCGGUGCCAGCGCCAACUGGUCCGCUUAUCACACCUGGCGCACUUUCCUAUUCAGCGGCCUCGGCCCAGGCAGUGCCGGCCUCUGUAGUAGCACCCGCCUCAGCAGCUGUGAAACCGCUGAAAGCGGAGCCAUUGCGUGCUGCUCAGCUCGAUGAAUGGACCAACAAAUAUGCUGACUUUUUGAUACGUUACAAAACCAACCUGGCGCCUAUCAGCCUGCGGCCACGCGGUCUCACUAAUCGUUCUAACUAUUGCUAUAUCAACUCCAUACUGCAGGCGUUGCUUGGCUGUUCGCCCUUCUACAAUCUUCUGCGUUCCAUACCCAAGCAGGCAGCGGUUAUGAGCGAGGUCAAGACACCCACUGUGAAUGCCAUGAUGUCGUAUAUGAGCAACUUUUCGUCGCUACCAAGCGGCACUCGCUUGCGUGUGAACAACAAAGCUGUUCAGAUCAAGGGCAAGGAUGAAUUUGCCGGCGUUGAUCUGCAGUGCGAUUUGGCAUUUGAGCCCACUGAAAUAUAUAAACUGUGGAACGACAGUCGCGAAGAGCACGUAGAGGGCAGGCAGGAAGAUGCUGAAGAGUUCUUGGGCUAUGUUCUCAACAAACUGAACGAUGAGAUGCUCGAGAUUAUCAAGCUUAUUGCCAAGCCAAAUGCCCAACAAAAUGGCGUGGAGCAAGAAAUGGAGAUCGAGGAUGGAGGCGACGAUUGGCAGAUGAUCUGCAACAAUCGCAAUAAGGGCAGCAUUACGCGACAAACUGACUUCGGACGCACUCCGCUUAGUGAUAUCUUCCGCGGUGAAUUACGUUCGCGUCUGCAGCGUGAAGGUGAACACUCCACUGAUGUUAUACAGCCCUUCUUUACGCUGCAAUUGAAUAUUGAAAAAGCUGCAUCGGUGAAGGAGGCUCUGGAGAUACUUGUUGGUCGUGAUCAGCUAGAGGGCGUUACUGGCAGCAAGAGCAAACAAGAGGUGGUUGCCUGGCAGCAAAUGACGGUGGAAAAGUUGCCUAUCGUUUUGAUAUUGCAUUUAAAAUAUUUUGACUAUAGAUCCGAUGGCUGCACAAAAAUACUGAAAAAGGUUGAGUUCCCUGUGGAGCUCAAAAUUGAUGCCAAGAUACUUGGCUCGAAAAAGACGUCGCAGAAGCAGCGCACCUAUCGAUUGUUUGCGGUGGUCUAUCACGACGGCAAAGAGGCCUCGAAAGGCCAUUAUAUAACGGACGUGUUUCAUACCGGCUAUAACAAUUGGCUGCGUUACGAUGACAGUUCAGUGAAGCCGAUCGGCGAGAAGCAAGUGCUACAGCCGCACACGCCGCGUGUGCCUUAUCUACUCUACUAUCGCCGUUUCGAUACCCUACCACAGAUGCAGGCUAGCAAUGGCGGCGGUGCUGGCAACACAGUAGGCGCCAACAAUAUCCAUGCUCAUGCCCAUUCUUCGGCCAGUCCCGCGUCCACCACAGCAGCUGCAAGCUCAGCGAAUAAUAAAUGAAACUAAGUUGUCAAAGUAAUGGUAUCUCGGUCUAAGGGCUUGCCAGAGUUUUGGUUUUUUAUGCAUAUACAAAUAAUUGAACGGUUAUUAUAUUUAAAUGCCUAUAUUUAAGCCCAAAGUCCAAAGCGCAUGUAUGUGUGAAUGGUAGUUGUAUUUGUGUGGUGAAUGCGUGUGUGUAUAGUCUAAGUUUAAUAAAUAAACAAAACUCUUAGUGGGUAAGCUUUAGCCGUAAUCCUAAGUUGAUAACAGUUUAGUUGUGCAACAAAGCAAAACAAACCAACCACAAGUCGUUGUAACGAAAUCUUUGUACAAAACUUAGCGCUUGGGAUGGCUAAACUAAACAGCGAGCAAAUUAUAUACAUAUAAACUUUGUAGUAAGUUUCUUAUAUUCGAACCAGCCAAUAUCUGUAAAUCCUGUGUGCCCCUCAAUCCUAUCUAAAUGGCACAAAAAACAGAAUCGUGCAUAAUAUAUAGUUGUAGACCUCUUCAAUAUGACAAACAUUUAGAGCUCUAUAUGUACAUAGAUACGUAGUAUACAUAUAUGAUAUGAAAUAUUAUAUAUAAAAUAAAUUGUAGAAUUUACUUGCAGUAAUUGUUUGUAGCAUGCAGCAUGCAUUUAGGCGACAGAGAAAACAAUCAGCCGUGCAUCAAGUUAAAAACAAUAAUCUAUAUUAAAAUGCUUUGAAUAUGCUUUAAAACUAAAAAAAACAUCUUUUGUAUACAAUACAAGACAUGAAAAUACAUGAAUACAUAGCAUUAUAUUGUGUGUAAGUUGAAAUAAGUGAAUAUAAAAACAAAAAAGAAAUAUAAAAAUUAAA